AUGGAGGAGAGUUCUUCUGGUGCAGUAGUACCAGCUGUGAAGAGGGAAACAGGGGAAAUCAAUGGCUACAAGGAGGAAGAAGAUAAAGGGAUCUCCGGGGUGGAUGAUAAUGGAUUCGAUAGGGAAUUGCUUUGCCCAAUUUGUAUGCAGAUGAUUAAAGAUGCGUUCUUGACUUCAUGUGGCCACAGUUUUUGCUAUAUGUGUAUAGUGACUCAUCUUCACCACAAGAGUGAUUGCCCCUGCUGUUCACAAUAUCUCACCCCAACUCAGCUCUACCCCAAUUUCCUCCUUGAUAAGCUACUGAAGAAGAGAUCUGCUGUACAAAUAUCAAAGACUGCAUCUCCGGUAGAACAGUUUCAGCAAUCGCUUCAGCAGGGAUGUGAAGUAUCAAUUAAGGAGCUGGACUCCCUAUUGACUUUACUGGCAGAGAAGAAGAGAAAACUGGAGCAGGAAGAAGCAGAAAGAAAUAUGCAAAUUCUGCUGGACUUCCUCAGUAUCUUAAGAAAGCAAAAAGUUGAUGAGCUUAAUGAGAUUCAAAGCGAUCUUCAGUAUAUUAAAGAGGACAUAAAUUCUGUUGAGAGGCAUCGAAUAGAUCUAUACCGAGCAAGGGAUAGGUUUUCGCUGAAACUCCAGAUGCUGUCUGAUGAUCGGUUGGGUAUGAGGUCUCAAUCUUCAUCCAUAGAAAGAACUAGUAGUGGACUGCUUUCUAGUUCUCGUAGUGCCCAAGGAGUAACUACGGGAAGUUUCCAGCAAAAGAAAGGGGAUUUAAAAGCUCAAUUUGGUUCUCUUGCUCAACAGAGGAAGGAUGGUUCUCUUUCUGGACAAAACACACAUUCUAUGAGCCAAUCAGGCCUUGCCGUUGUACGGAAAAAGCGUGUUCUUUCUCAGUUCAAUGAUUUACAAGAGUGCUAUUUGCAAAAAAGAAGGCAACUGGCCAAGCAGCUUCCUAAUCAGGAAAAGAAGGAUGAUAGUAUAGUACUGAGAGAAGGUUAUAGUGCUGGGCUGGCAGAUUUUCGAUCUGUACUAAGUACUUUCACGCGGUACAGUCGGUUACGAGUUAUUGCUGAAUUUAGGCAUGGGGAUAUUUUUCACUCGGCCAACAUUGUUUCAAGCAUAGAAUUUGAUCGCGAUGACGAAUUAUUUGCUACUGCUGGAGUUUCUCGCCGGAUAAAAGUUUUUGACUACUCUUCGAUAAUAAAUGAACCUGCAGAUGUGCAUUGUCCUGUUGUAGAAAUGUCCACACGGUCCAAACUUAGUUGCUUGAGCUGGAACAAGUAUAACAAAAAUCACAUAGCUAGUAGCGACUAUGAGGGAAUAGUCACUGUCUGGGAUGUGACUACGCGACAGAGUAUCAUGGAAUAUGAAGAGCAUGAAAAGCGGGCAUGGAGUGUCGAUUUUUCGUGCUCAGAACCUUCAAUGCUUGUAUCGGGAAGUGAUGAUUGUAAGGUCAAGGUAUGGUGCACAAAACAGGAAGCUAGCGUUCUCAACAUUGAUAUGAAGGCAAACAUAUGUUGUGUAAAGUAUAAUCCCGGCUCUAGCAUUUAUGUCGCGGUUGGUUCUGCUGACCAUCACAUUCAUUAUUAUGAUUUAAGAAACACCAGUAAGCCAUUCCACAUAUUCAGUGGUCACAGGAAGACAGUAUCAUAUGUGAAGUUUCUUUCCAAUAAUGAACUUGCUUCUGCAUCAACUGACAGCACCCUGCGGUUAUGGGAUGUCAAGGAAAAUUUACCUGUCCGAACAUACAGAGGGCAUACUAAUGAAAAGAACUUCGUGGGUCUCACGGUUAACAACGAAUUCAUUGCCUGUGGCAGUGAGACAAAUGAAGUAUUUGCCUACCACAAGGCCAUAGCGAGGCCUGUAACUUGGCAUAAAUUUGGCGCUCCAGCAGUGGAUGAUGCCGAUGAAGAUUCAGGUUCCUACUUCAUCAGUGCAGUAUGCUGGAAAAGUGAUAGCCCAACAAUGUUGGCUGCUAACAGCCAGGGGACAAUUAAAGUGUUACUACUUGCUGCUUGA